UUCUAGGCUAGGGGUGUAUUGUCUGUCAGAGAGGAGAAUAGGCAGCGCGGUAUUAGUAACCAAACAUUCAUAAGGAGAGUUUAGGCAUAUUUUGAACGAGAGGGGACGCCGGUAGUAGCACUCAACAGCAGGACCUCUGUCCACAUUCACCAGCCCGAGGAAUGGAUGUUUUAAUGGUCUAAUGAGGUUCGGUGGUUUUCUAUCCCUGUUUGCCGACCAGUGGGAGAAGGAUACCCCGUGUCGGCGAGGAAGAGUCGGGCUCGGAGGGUAGACCAGGGCCGGGUGGCUGGUUGUCUCCGGGGCAGCUAGUGGUCACUUGGAGGCAUAGAAGAGAAAUCGGGGAGUGUAAGUGUCCAUACAUCGCCCCUCAGUUCUUCGGAAGUGGCACAGUUCACUCAGACGGGAGCGCUGGAUGUGAAAGCAGGUGGGCAGAAUGUUCCAACUCCCUGUCAAUAACCUGGGCAGCCUGCGGAAAGCCAGGAAGAAUGUCAAGAAGGUCCUGGGAGACAUUGGCCUGGAGUUCUGUAAAGACCACAUAGAGGACUAUAAAGACUUUACUCCUCCUGAGGUCUAUAUAAAGCACACUACCUGGGAUGACGUGUGCAUGUGGGAACCAUCACACACCAAAGUCCAGGACUACAGAUCAAAGCCUUUCUGCUGCUCUGGCUGCCCCUUCUCGUCGAAGUACUUCUCUGCAUACAAGAGCCACUUCCGCAAUGUCCACAGCGAGGACUUCGAGAGCCGCAUCCUGCUCAACUGCCCCUACUGCACUUAUAAUGGCAACAAGAAAACCUUGGAGACACACAUCAAACUUUUCCACAUGCCAAACAACACUGUCCGCCAAGGCCCUGGUGGUAUGGUGGGCGGGGCAGGGGGGAUGAUGAUGAAGGACGGGAUAUUAAAGAGGACCGGGGACAGUGUGGAGCAGGCGGUGUACUACUGUAAGAAGUGCACCUACAGGGACCCCUUGUACAAUGUCGUGCGAAAGCACAUCUACAGGGAACACUUCCAGCAUGUGGCCCAGCCCUACCUGGUCAAACCAGGGGAUAAGACUAGUGCACAAAAUGGCAGCACAGCAGGAGCCACCAGCGCAGGGAAUUCAGAGAGUAAUAAUACAAACCAUGUCAGCAGUGGUAAUAGUAACCAGAUUCACUGCAAGAAGUGUUUGUUUGUUCCAAGGACAUAUGAGGCACUUGUUCAACAUGUUAUUGAGGACCACGAGAGGAUUGGCUACCAGGUGACCGCCAUGAUUGGGCAUACCAACGUGGUGGUCCCCCGUCCCAAACCCAAUGUGAUCAUGGUCUCCCCCAAAACCCAGGGCGACAAGACCAUCAUUGGGAUGGGUCCCAAAGGUGCGGUGAUGGCCACCACUCGGCCUCUCACUUCACAGCUGGGACGAAUAGUCAGUCCAUCAAAGACAGGCCUCAGUUCACAAGGUCUCCUGUCUGGGAUGAAGCAGAGUACGAUGGGUUUAAAACACGGGACCACCCAGUCAUUCUCAAUAGGUAGUCAGCAGGUGAGGAUCAGUUUACCAGGGAACGCCCAGGUUUCAGUGCCCCAGCAGUCACAUGCAGCGAAGCAGCUCCUCUCUGGGGGUGGCCUGCGGAGUUCAAUUGUGGUGAAUGCGUCCUCUUCCCUCAAGUCAAACCCGCUAGGCUCUCGUGUUCAAGCAGCAGCCACUACUGUAGCCUCUGUGACAGCCAAGAAAAGUGGCUCAUCGGUCCUUGGCACGUCCUACACCCAGAAGUGGAAGAUCUGCACUAUUUGCAAUGAGCUCUUCCCAGAGAAUGUGUAUAGUUCUCACUUUGAGAAAGAGCACAAAGCUGAGAAGGUUCCUGCUGUGGCCAACUACAUCAUGAAGAUCCAUAACUUCACCAGCAAGUGUCUCUACUGCAACCGCUAUCUGCCCAGUGAUACGCUGCUAAAUCACAUGCUGAUCCACGGUUUGUCCUGCCCGCACUGUCGUGCCACCUUCAAUGACGUUGAGAAGAUGGUGGCCCACAUGCGGCUCUCGCACCCAGAUGAGACCGUCGGCCCACGCACAGACUCUCCCCUGACCUUUGACCUCACUUUGCAGCAGGGCAACCCCAAGAAUGUUCAGUUGAUUGUUACUACCUACAACAUGAGGGAUGCACCAGAGGAAUCGGUGGCAUUUCAUGCCCAGAACAACACCACCUCCUCUAUGUUGUCGGCCACACCUGCCUCCCUAACAUCAGGCAAGAGGACAGUGCCUCAGCACCCACCAAAAAUGCCUUCAGAGGCUGCUGACAGCACUCCACCCAAGAGUGUCCCACAGGCAGCUGUGCCCUACAAGAGGGACGUGGGAAAAACCCUGUGUCCUCUUUGCUUCUCCAUCCUCAAGGGCCCGAUCUCAGAUGCACUGGCCCACCACCUCAGAGAGAGGCAUCAAGUGAUUCAGACUGUCCACCCUGUUGAAAAGAAACUGACCUACAAGUGCAUCCACUGUUUGGGGGUAUAUACUAGUAACAUGACUGCCUCCACCAUCACUUUGCACUUGGUACACUGCCGUGGUGUGGGGAAAACUCAGAAUGGACAGGACAGCCGGACAACACCCUCCUCUCGGGUCAGUCAGGCCCAAAGCAGCGCCCUCAAACGGGCCAGCUUUGAUGGCUCUACUGCUAGUGAACCGAAACGAAGGAGGCCAGGACCUCCUGGGGAAAGAGCCCACCCACCAGGUGGCAGCGGUCCUUCUACAUAUGUAGAAAACCCUGAUGAACCUGUCGUCCUGGCUCUUGACCCCAAAGGUCAUGAAAAUGAGUCAUACGAGUCCAGGAAGGCAUUUCUAACACAGUAUUUUAACCGAGAGCCAUAUCCCACACGGCGGGAGGUGGAGAAGCUGGCAGCCAGUCUGUGGCUAUGGAAGUCGGACAUCUCUAGCCACUUUGUCAACAGGAGGAGGAAGUGCAUCCAGGACUGUGAGACCCAGAAUGCCAGCAUAUUGCUCGGGUUCAAUAUGCAUGAGGUUAGCAAACUCAGUCAUGAGCUGGCAUUUGCCCAGGACAGCGUGUACGAGGGCAGACAAAGCAAAAGGCGGACGUCCAGAACUCGCAUAGGUGUGUCAGAGCAGGCUCUCCGCAGACACAGGGAGCUGAUAGCUGCUAAUGGCGGUGUGGCACCACCACCAAAGGAAAAGCUGGUUGGGACUGGGACAGGUAUUAAAGCAGCACCAUCUGUCACCAAACCCAACGGUGCCAGCAGAGACCAAACCAAGACAAUCAACUGCACCUUAGAACAGAAAAUGCCUCUAGACCUUUCGGAGCCCAUUGCCAUUGACUCUGACAGUGAUGAGGAAGAGCAGGAGGAGAAUGAGAGGGAAGGAGGGGGAGAGGUACGUUUCCAUGGCAACCAACAGCUUACUGGAGCUAAAGAGGGAGUGGAAGCAGUGAUGGAGGCCAAGGUUAUUUCAGAUCUAGAUGAUGUUUCAGAUGAGGACGACGACGAUGAUGACGAUGACGAUGACGAUGAUGAGGACGAUGAAGAGGACGAUGAGGAAGAAGGCACACAUGUAGAGAAUGGCUUUGGGCCUACACAGAGCCCAGAAAGAUCAGCUGCUAAAGGGAGAGACAGUCUACCCAUUAUUAUUCCCAAAUUUGUCCCAUCAUCUGCACGAAGAGAAAGAGACGCGGCCCAACUAGGAAAACAACAGGUUUGACCAACUGACUGAUACUAACAAAGUAAAAACACACAGCCACAGAGAGAAACUACAGAUUUGAUCCAUGCCAACAACUCUGCCUCACCUGAACUGAAGGACCCUGCCCGGCUACAUCUAGUUGGGCAUCCGUGAAGGGGGCAGUGAUAAGGAGAAGACUCUGCCCUUUCACUCAAAACAAGCCAUCCUGUGACAUUUGAAGGCCAAUUUAAAGCUAUUUGGCAACACGCAGCUAGAAACGAUGUAAAGAUUUGUGAACAAAGUUUUAAUUUUUCUUCCCGCAGUGGGAGGGAAGGUACAAAGACAACAGUGAAGUUACACCAAACAAGUUUUGUUUUUGUUUUAGUUUUUUUUUUUUUUUUUUGCCUCCUAUGUACUUUACUACAUUCAGAUGAGUACUUAUUGUUGAUUUAGCCACUGAACUUAUACUUGUGGCUCAAAACAACCGAGUUGUGAGUUAUUAGCUUUUAAGCUGACCAGAUAAUCUAAAAAUCCAUUGUUUUUCAUGUAGUUAUACUGGGAUAGGUAGUGUAUAUUUGUACAGUCUUUUAGACAUGUUUGGACAGAAGUUGCCGUAUAUGUACCCUUAAAAUAUUUGCUAUUACCUGUGUGCAAGGUAGCCUCUUAUGUUCUACAUUUGUUUGCUAAAAGAUAGGUGUCGCUUUGGUGGCUGGUAUUUUCUUGUAUGUUUAAGUUUAUUUUUUAACAAAAACAUAGGUUUUUUUUGCUAAAUAAUAUAUCUAUAUAUAAAUGCAAAUGAAUAACAAUUGGUUGCUUUUGUUCUUUGCUGUUAACUUGAUUUUCUUUUUUAAAUGAUUUUGGUUCUAUUGAAAGAACAAUGGCUCACCAUGGUGUUCUCAUCCUCUCACUCUUUGUUAGUGUAAAGGAACAUUUCAGCAAAUUUUUGAAGCCCUGUGCUCAGUAGCCUAGAUUGUACUUGCUUUGCCUCUUCGCACAUUUUUUAACUUGAUCUUACUUUGCCCCACAAGACUGGACAGUAAGUACAUUACUGAUACCCAGGAAAACGAAAGCAUUUUUCUGUUCCAAAAAAGACCAUUGUUUGUGUGUGUGUGUUUGUGCGCGCGUGUGCGUGUGUGGGUGUGUGUUUAAUUUGUGACCCUCGAAUUGUAUGUAUUUGUUUUGUUAUGUUUCAUUUUUCACUUAAACAUUUAUCAACAAUAAAGUGCUGUAUUGUGCUUCUCACAGAA